AUGGGCUCGACCGGGCCGUGGGGAGAGGGGCUCAUGAACCUGCGGAUGCCCCCUGCUGGGGUAUUUGGUGUGGCCUUCCUUGCGCGAGUCGCCCUGGUUUUCUACGGGGUGUUCCAAGACCGGACCAUGCUUGUGAGGUACACAGACAUCGACUCCCAGGUCUUCACGGACGCCGCGCGCUUUGUCACGGAAGGGCGCUCCCCUUAUCUGAGGGCCACCUACCGUUACACCCCGCUGCUGGGUUAGCUCCUCACUCCCAGCAUCUAUCUCAGUGAACUCUUGGGAAAGUUUCUCUUCAUCAGCUGCGACCUUCUCACCGCCUUCCUCAUAUACCGCCUGCUGCUGCUGAAGGGGCUGGGACGCCGCCAGGCUUGUGGCUACUGUGUCUUUUGGCUUCUUAACCCCCUACCUAUGGCGGUCUCCAGCCGAGGCAAUGCGGUCGUCGCCUCCUUGGUGCUUAUGGCCCUGUACUUAGUAGAGAAAAGGCUGAUCGCGUGUGCCGCCGUAUCCUAUGGUUUCGCGGUGCAUAUGAAAAUGUAUCCGGUGACCUACAUCCUGCCCAUAGCCCUCCACUUGCAGCCAGAACGCGGCAAUGAAGACCUCCGUCAAUCCCGGUAUUCUUUUAAGGCUCGUUUGUACGAAUUCCUGAAGAGGUUGUGUAAUCGGGCUGUGUUGCUCUUUGUAGCAGUUGCUGGGCUCACCUUUUUGGCCCUGAGUUUCGGUUUUUACUAUAAAUAUGGCUGGGAAUUUUUGGAGCACACCUACCUUUAUCACCUGACUAGGCGGGAUAUCCGCCACAACUUUUCUCCAUACUUCUACAUGCUGUAUUUGACUGCCGAAAGCAAGUGGAGUUUUUCCCUGGGAAUUGCUGCGUUCCUUCCACAGUUCGUCUUGCUUUCAGCCGUUUCUUUUGCCUAUUACAGAGACCUCAUCUUUUGCUGUUUCCUUCAUACAGCCAUUUUUGUGACUUUUAACAAAGUCUGUACUUCCCAGUACUUUCUAUGGUACCUCUGCCUACUGCCCCUUGUGAUGCCACUAGUGAGGAUACCUUGGAAAAGAGCUGUAGUUCUCCUCAUGUUAUGGUUUAUAGGGCAGGCCUUAUGGCUGGCUCCUGCGUAUGUUCUUGAGUUUCAAGGAAAGAACACCUUUCUGUUUAUUUGGUUAGCCGGUUUAUUCUUCCUUCUUAUCAACUGUUCUAUCCUGAUUCAAAUCAUUUCCCAUUACAAGGAGGAACCUUUGAUAGAAUCAAAUAUGACUAAUAUAUGCUCCAGAUUAGGCUGCCUGGUGGGCGGCGGGGCUGGGGACUGGACCCUGUGGCUCUGGCUGGCGCAAGUCGCGGCCUGGUGGUCCCCAGCCUCCAGGGCCGGCGGGGAGCUGUGGCAGUGGCCCGGCCAUCGUCUUCCCGGGCCCCGCCUGGAGGUCGGCCUUCCGGUUCUCCCCGGGCAGGUCACCAGCAGCGCCUGUAUCAGCUGA